CUAAAUAAAACCAUAGAAAAGAAUAAUUUUUGCUGGUAAUCACUGUGUUGUAACAGUUUAUAUAACAUCUGGCUUCUACUCUAUGUUGCCUAGCUAAGUAUGGAUCAUCCCUAGCACUGGUAGGACUCUAUCAAUUAAGAUAAGAUAAAUGUAAAUUUACUGAGAAGAAAAUCAUUGCACUGCAUAUGAAAAUAGAACAGAAAAAGAAGAAAUGGAAGAAAUCAAAAGACUACUCAAUCUUUAUCAAGAAAUGGUAAUUGAUUGUGAAGCUGACCAUGAUGAUGCCAAGGACAUGCAACCCAGCUCAAACUUUGAAUCUCAAAUCAGAUUGUAUGGCUGCCCUAUAUUACCACCCUUAAUGACAGAUGAAAAAAGAAAAGAGAUGGCUGCUUUUAGAAAUCUGGCAAACCAAAAGCUGGAAGCCAUUGAACAACAUCGUAAACAGAAACUAAUUGAUAGAGUGCAGGCGAUUGUUGACACAAUCGAUGACAAAAAAUUGUCAGUUCAAGAAAGUCAAGCAGAUAGUUCUAUUAAAGAUAUUAAUCUUCAGGUGGAUCCAAACCAUCAGCAAACCUCACAAACUCUAGAGAUAUCAUCACUAAAUGUUGAACAAAGACAUGUAAAUGGAAGCAUACUGCCUGUGAUUGGUCAUGAAUCAAAUACAUCAAUAGUGACACUUAGCACAAGUGGAAGUGAUAAUGAUUCAUCAGCUGAAAUCAAUCAGACUAGAGUCCAUAAAAUCCUCAAUCAGCUGUCACAUCCUAAAACAGUUGGUUGUGGCUCUACAAAGCCGGAGGAAGCUGCAGUAUCAAGCAGUAGUGGCACCGAGAAUAGCAGUCUGUUGCAAACUGUGGUUCGUGUAGAUCAAGAGGUUGACUCAAUUACUGUGCUUGAUAAAGACUCCUGUUCUGGAAAUGUAUCAAGUAUUUUGGAUGCAGGCAACUUUGAAAAUGUACAAGAAACCUUUGAUCUGGAUAAGGUCAGAGAGAGUGUCAGUGAUUCUGAAGCUCUGAGAAAUUAUGUUGGUGAAUAUUCUCUGUUGCCAACAAUUGGGCCAUCAUCAACACCAGAUCUGUCAUUUGUGUCACCAGAAAUUAUAACCAAUGUUGGUCUAGAAGCAGAUGUGAUAUGUGCAGAAAAGACUGUAGAUAUAGAGGAAAAUAUUGGAGGAGAUGACAUGAUUGACACAAGAGACAGCAACUUUUCAUUAGACACCAUUGGGCAGUCCUGCACUCUUCCUGUCAGUUUGGUAACUGAGAGCACAUGUUCAACUCUUUAUGAAGUGGUCGAGCCAUGGAACAUACCAGAAGAGGUUGUUCAUGAUAAAGAUAUAAAGACAGCAUCUACCUCUUCAGAAUGUGAAGAGACCACACCAACAACAUCACACAUGAGGAGAAACUCCUACACAUUGGAUCAUCCCUCCCCAGCCCUUCUGGAGGCACAGGCUCAGAACAGAGCACCACACAUUGAAGAUAAACCAGCCGAUGAUCAAGUUCACGCAAAACCGGUUAGAAGAGCUUUGGACCUCUCUGAUGGUUUCCAGUCCUCUGGUAUCCUUCAAAAGUCAAGUCCAGAUAAUGUGAAGCUUGAUAGAAAAAGUAGUCAAGUACUUCCGAAGACCAAUUCUUUUGAACAGACACAUAAGACAUAUCCAGAUAAUCAGUAUGAUGUUUUUCAAAGUGAGAUAAAGAGUGAUGCUCAAAAUGAAACAAUUGGAUAUGUUCCAUCUAAACCAGCUAUUAGUACAAUGACCAGUGAAGAUGAACAAAUGGAUAGUAACACUUUGGGUAGUCCCACAAUGAUAAGUCAUGAUGUAUCUAACAGUGAACCUCCCAUGAAUGCAAUUUAUCUCCAGCAGAAAAUGGAUCUAUUGGAGCGUAUGCAGAAGGAGAUGAUGGAAGAACAGCAGAGACAAUUAGAAUCCCUUAUGCAGCAGCAAAAACUGCAGCAGAGGAAAAUACAAGAGGAAAUGGCAGAGCUUGAAAACCAAAUCAGAGAGAGAAAAAACAUAACCACAAGUCAGGCAAAACUAAAAACAAAUUAUGUCAAUGCAAAGAGCUCUGAAGGUGUGCAAUUUCAUUCAAGGCAUGAUGAAAGAACACUUCCUCUAUCUAAACCAUCAUCAACCAUUAGUGGACAAGAUAGCACUGGAUCAAGAUCAUCUUUCAUCCAUGGAGCAUCAGAUUCUGAGGCAGUUGCCAAUGAAGAACACAUUGCAAAGUGGACAACACCAACACUUCAAAACUUGAAGGUUCAUAAUGGCAGCCAUUUUGAAAAGGCCUCUGCAGUUGCCAAGGGUUACUUAACAAGAAGACUUAUGAUGACUGACAAAGUACAAUCUGUUGUUAGAACAAUAAAGGAUAUGUGGCAGUUUAUUUGGCAAUUUCAGACAGAGACGCCAGUUAAAAGAGGAGUUAUGUCAUCCUCAGAUACAGUACUAGCCAAUAGGGUUCUUUCGCAGUUGCGAGCAGCUCAGUUUCAACUUCAUGACAUUUUUUUUGGAAUUACAAGUGUUGAAAGAAUGGCAAUUCUAGCCCAGCAGAGAACAACAGACCAGAACAAGUCCAAGAAUAGGAGAGACGAAGAAGGCCACUUUGUGUCUGCUGCAACUCGAAAGGCAAUGGAACGGAGACACCAAAUUAGGACUGCAGAAAGUAAAGUCUUUGGGCGACCCCAAACAGCGCCACCAACACACACAACUACACAGAAUUCAAAAAGUGGAAAACAUGGAAGUAGAGCUUUAUCAGAAGAAAAGUCAUCAAGAAACCUGAGCAAGUCAGUAAAGGUGAGCCACGGUGGCUUAUCUAAGACAAAGAGUAGCUCCCCAUCAAGGAAAAGCAGGAAGACAUCGCAUCCAUUCUCGAGACCACUGUCUGCAGCCUCUAAAAGAUCAGCAAGAGUUUCUGUUCCAAAAUCUUAAGAUUCAUCCAGUUUAAAUUUUAAAAAAUACAAAAACCUUGAAAACCUACAGUACUACUCAUUACAAAUACAGUAUAAAGCUUUGAAAAUACAAUUUAUAUGAAAGGUGAAGGUACCGUAAAUGCGCUUAUGUGAGUGCGGCGUUUUUCGAGAGCUUUACGCUUUCCAUGCCUGUUCCCGUGUUACCUAUUUCACGUAUUCCCGUAGUUCGGUAGGCCUAUCAUAGGUCCUAUAAACAUUUAUAAAAAAUGCUUGUGUCUUCAAUUUGUUAUUUAUUCAUUUCAACAGUUUACAUUAUAUUUGCAAUCCUUUUUCUUAAAGUGUUUCAUUACACACAGGGUAAUAACUCUUGAUUAAGUGCUGCGGCGCUUAAAAAAAAAAUCAUGUUUGGUGCGGUGCUUAUUCGAGCAUUUACGGUACAUGAAAAAGGUUGUUUUGUAAUUAUAGCGGAAUGAGUCAUACUUCGAGUACUGUAGGACCAAAGCUCUUGAACAACUUCACUUGAGGGUUUUAAGAUGCAUAUAUUUUUGAAGUUGAGCCUUGAGCAUUGUAUGUUAGAAUGGUGUAAUAUAAACAAAUUGAUUGAUUGAUUGAUUGAUUGAUUGAUUUUGUAGUUUUGAAGACCAAUCAUACUGCUAUAUUUUGGGGUCUGUCCCAUGCUGUCAUGCAUAAAGACCCAAAAUCUUGCGCAUAGUAAUAAUAUCCCGUUAAACUUGCCUAAAUUUUUAUGUCGAUCUUAUCAUACAUGCCAAAUAUUUGUUAUUAAUUAACCGUCUGUAAGUCAAAUUAUAUUUAAGUUGAACAGUUUUUCAAUGCCAUUUUGGAUUCAACUUAUAGGCAAGUUCAACUGUACUUACAUUAUCAAAUAAUAUGUACCAUUUGUGACCUUUGCAGCCUUGUUCUAAAAAUUCUUCAUCAACAGUACUUAAAAAUAUCAUGGUAAUAUCAUUUAUAGGAACAACGAGCUGCACUAGCACUCUACAUACUUUAUGUCCUUUGAUAAAGCGCUGUAGGAUGAGAUUAAAGAAUGCAUACACACUGCUAGCUCAGCAGUGCAAACAAAUUUGUGUGAAGACGACCUGAAACGCAUUUAUUCUUAAGUAAAAGGGAAAGAUGCAGAUCCUGCAUGCAUUUUCGAGCAUAUCUGCAACACAUAUGGAAAGUCUUCAAAGGCACUGCAAAAGCUUCUGUUCUAAGAUACUGUACUACCUUAGCUCAGUUGGCUAAACUGGUAGUAGCCAUUGUGGGUGCACUGCACCGUGGACAUCUCUAGGUCCCCGGUUCAAUCCCCAUUGCGGCUGUCCUUGUGUUUUAGAUGGAUUGAUAAAAUGCCAGUUACGAUAGCACACCAUCUUUCGGAUGAGACGUUGAAGCUGUUGGUCCCGUGUGCAUUAUGGUCCGUGUGUAUGUUAAAGAACGUUGUACGCUAUUCGGAAUACAGUAGGGGAUUGCCUCCUGGUGUACUGCCUGAUCACCGGCAGAAAGACCAAACUAGAAAUAAGUCUUUAGAUUUUUGUGGGUUAUCUGUGGUGUUUACACCAAGUAAGUCCAUCCAUCUAUCCAAUAAAGAUAUUCUCUGUGUCAAGCUAAUUCCAGGCUGAAUGUAGUUUGCCAAUAAACAAUGGUAGACCCUAUAGAUAUAAACCUCCAUGCUAUACUUCCGUAUCCUUUGAGAUGUGUACAAAUACUAUAAAAUGUCCUUGUGAAUUUUUGAAGUGACAUUCAUUUUAUACUUCAGUAUGCUUCAUUAGUUAUGCGACUGGUAAUUGGUUAAUUGAUUACCAUAGGUCAUUGUUUAUUGUAGCAUCAGGGCACAGAUUAGUCUAAUCAAAUUGUCUGAUAAUUAUCAGACCACAAGCUGUAAUCAACACCCCUAAGGUAAUUAAUUUGUCAUUUAAAAACAGGAUAGUUAGAACCUACAGUGCUAUAUUUUGAAGAAUAAUACAAUUCUGUAUUGUGAUAUAAUUUGCUUUAUAAAUUAUAUGUAAUUAAUUAAAAACUUUAGUGUGAAAAAUAUAUAUUAUGUGUAAAAACUUGUGCCUUAAAGCGAGGCUUUUUUUUUUAACGUUUUUUUAGCGAGAACCUGCUGCACACCAAAAAUGA